UGGAACUGCUUGUUCAUGGAUCUUGAUGACUUUGGCGACACUUUUUUGACUUUCGAUAUCGUGGAUUAUUUCCAAAUCGCGCUGGUGACGGGGUGUUACUUUAGGUGUUGAUGGGCAACACAUACAGCAGCAGUGACACGUCAAGCGAUGUCAGCGAUGACGGGAGAAUGGACAACAAUAAGGAAGACGAAUGCUUAUCUGAUGGAGAUGGAGAUAUUGGUGACAGAGAUGAAGUUCCAUCAGGCAAUCUGGACAUGUUGUUCAAUCCCACUGCUUUACGUACAGCUGCAUCUAAGAUGAAAGAUGAAAUUCCAGAAAAUGUACUUCAGCAACAUUGCAGUCACAUACUUAAGUGGCUGGAAGAUAGAGAUGCACGUAUGGAGGAAACCAUAUCUCUGGCCCAGUUCUGUGAUAUGCUGUCUUCAAGAGGUGUGUCAAAAGAAGAAGCUGUGAAGGCAUUCCAGCAGUUUGAUGUGGAGGGCAGUGGUGUAGCAGAAGUGAGCGGCACCCUAGAUGCCCUGAGGUCCACUGGGGGAGGCAGCUUACAGGGCGACCUCAACCACAAUAUCCGUGUUCUUCAGGCAUGCUCGCUGAUACCAGGGUUUGUCGAUGUGUUUGCCAGUGAUCAGCAUGCAGUCAGACAGCACGGAGACAGAAUACUGAAGUUUUUGCUGUGGAAUAGAGCCCCAAGCAGCUAUCUCCCCUUUCCCAUUCUCAAUGGCUUCAACAACACCUCCAACAUGAGGCUGUCUGUUCUCAUGUCUAUCAUCAAAAGUCUCAGAGAAAGUGCUGUUGUUGAGACUACUGAGAUCAAUGCUGGUAAUGAUGAAGUGAAACUGAUGACCAAGUGCUUCAGUUCUCUAGAGGUUUCCAGUAACACUAGUGAUGCCUGCAGGUUAACUAACGGAGACCCCAGCGCCUGUUGGCAGUCUGAUGGGGCAGCUCGUUCACACUGGAUCCGAUUACGUAUGAAGACGGGUUUGGUACUGAAGCAGCUGUCUGUGGAGGUGGCCGCUGGAGAUCAGAGCUACAUGCCUCAGACAAUCACCGUCUCUGUGGGGAAAACUGUACACAAUCUUAGAGAAAUUCGUGUCAUCAGGGUGCCUAGUCAUAUGACCGGGGAUUUGACAUUGGUUGAAAACCUGAAAAUUUUCUAUCCUAUUGUCCAAAUAAACAUAAAACGUUGCCAUAGUGAUGGAUGUGACACGCGAAUACAUGGUCUGAAGACCCUAGGAUAUAGGAUAGUGAAGGAGAGUGGUAUCAGUGUGACAGAGGCUGCGGAGGUCUGGUACCUCCAGGUGGUGGCUGCCACAGCCCUCGCUGCAAUGCCCAUUGCUCCUCAUCUAAGGACGGCCAUACUGGGCUACACAGAGUCAGCUCUUCAGCACAUGUCGCCGCUGUCAUUGAGCCCUACAAGUGUUGACAAACCUGCCAUGCUGAGCAGCCAUGUCCUGCAGGAGGUGGACAAGUUCAUACGGGAAAUAUCACUGAAUCCUGAUGGUUCUAUCAGCACUGAAGGUCUGCAGGUUCUGCUCACCUUCAACAUUGCCAGAGGACAUGUGGCAGGAAUCCUGCGCGCCCUCAAACUAUUGCUAGAGAGGCCCUCACUUAACUUGGAGACGAUGCAACUGUUGCACAAACUCCAGAGUGUGAGGGACAGCUUUUGGGAGAAACAUGGCUGCCCAUUGUCCAUGUCAUUGUGUGGUUGUGAUGGGGGGAAAACGGAUGAGAACUCUGCCCCGGAUAAUGUUCUCAGUGGUAACUGGACGGCUCAGGCUAAAGCUUACAUUUCUGCCGAGGGAUGCACAAAAGUUAAUAUGUUUUUCAAGGCUCCUGACUUUGUGCAAAUAACCAAGCUGAGAAUAAAGGUAUGUUCUGGAGCUAAAGGAGCAAGAUGUGGUCUGGUGUUUGUGUUUAAAGAUGACAGUGAGGGAUUCAAGCUUGAAGACCAGGUGGAGAAGUUCAAAGUGUAUGACAGCUGGGGGGCUCUGGAGUACAAGUUUAGUACAGAGGUCAGAGCUGCAGGGAUAGGAGGCAAACCUGACAACCCUGUGGCUUAUUUCACUCUGGAAGAUGACUGGGAUGAAGUAGAAGUGCCAGUAAGCUGGUAUCCCACUGGACAGUAUGUCCUAGUGAAGUUCAUGGAGCCAAGACAGCCUGGUGUAGGAAGAAUCGGAAUACUAGGCAUCAAGUUUUAUGGUUUCAACCGAACCUGCGAGUUUGUGGAGGGAGAAAUGGAUUCAGCCUUGCCAAACCCCAAGAAGGUGUCCACUGUGAACAGCCAUUUCAUGACCUUCCACACACUGCGGUUACUUGGAGACCUAGCCAGAGACCAGUGUAUCAACAGGAAGGGCAGUUUUCUGCGUCCUGAGCACCUAGACUUGGGGGAAUCCCCACUGGAUGUCAUCUGGGAGAUGUACACUUUAUUUGAGAAGGACUUGGCUUCCUGGUCCAAGUGUAGGCUGCUGUUACUGCAGCUUCUCCACAGUAUCACCCCUUACAUAACCAUAAAACAGCAGGAGCCAAAGGUGUCAGCUGAACAGUUAUUCCAGCACUUGUGUACUCUGGUGGAUUCCCCUAUGGAGAAGGAAGAUGGCCAACUGAUCUCUGUGGUCAAGCAGUUGCUGAUUGAUGGUGCAGCAAUCUUUUUCUCUGACAAAGAAGCAAGGAGGAAGCAACUGUUCAAAAUGAUGGAAAAUGUGACAGUGUCUGGGGACUCUCCGUCUGUAACCCUGGUGUUUCAGUCUCUCUGUCAGUUUUUCAGCACUGUGGACCCCAGUGGGCUGCUGGACUUGCCCAAACAUCCAUCAGCUGACUUUGAAUCUGGCCCAGUCUUGUCUGUGAUGGACACCCUGAUAUCAGUGUCGUACCGUGAGUUCUGUGGAGCUCUUCAGGCUGAGGAUGUCAGUGAGCAGCACAACCAUCUGGUCCACCUAGUCUGCUGUCUACAGACGAGCCUGCUCUCCUGGUGCUGGAGACAUCUCACUGUUAAGGAGGAAGAUGUAUGGAGAACAGUAGCUUCUCAGGUUAUCACCCAGUACACUGUGAAUGUAGGACAGAAAGCUGCAGAUGCCCUCCGGCUUCUCAAUGGAAUGGAUCCAGAAAAACUGACACGUUUAUUUCCCAAGUUGUUGGUGUCCUUUUUGGGCUCUGUGGUCAGACAAAUGGUUUGCCUACUGACCUCCAUUGGCAGCCAGUGUGACUCCAGACACAGGGUGGCCACACUGAACAACCUGCAGCCUGCACUUAUGGAGCUCUGCAAACUCUCCCACCUAGUGCCAGACAUCUUUCCAAAGAUUGGUAGUGAGCAUUGGUCUCAGGUCAAUGCUGAGGAUGUUGUGCUGAGGACCUGGCAUGUGGAGUCCAGCCAUAACUAUGAGAACAACCAGCACACCACACAGGUUUUCAGCUGUCCAGGUGCAACAUCAUUUGUUGUGGAGUUUGACCCCAGAUGUGAAACAGAAAGGAGGUAUGAUUAUUUAGAGUUUACGGACUCGCGUGGGAUAAAGCGACGCUUUGACAUGAAAGUAGGCACAGAAAAGUGGCCCAGACUUGUCACCUUUGCUGGCGGUCAUCGCCUUCACUUCCUUUUCCAUUCUGAUGGCAGUAACAAUGAAUGGGGAUACAAGUUCAAGCUGACAGCUAAGGGUUGUCCAGACUCUCCUCUCUGCUGGCCAUUUGACCUUCAGCUCAGCCUCGCCAAGCUGUUUGGCAGACUGUGUGGCUCAACUCUGGAUGCCAAAGGAUUUUGUUUACGGGAUGCUUUCUCGGAGGUCAUCCAUGAUGGAAGGGGGGACGACCAAGAUUUGCUUCGCAGUGAACUCUGGACCACUCUCUUCAGAGGGGGCUAUAUGAUUGGCAAACUCCAGCGCUCUCUCUCCGGAAAAUUUGCUGCUGAAGAUGCCACAGUGGCUAACCAGUUCCUGUGGGAUCUAAUUGAACAGAAAGAAGGACCCUCAACCAAUCUAUUAAAACGGUGUCAGGACCAGAGUAAGGGUUUGCCUCGUCAGCGCCUAGGAGGAGAGGAGGUGGAUGCUGCUAUCAUCUGUGUUUUUGCAGCUCUACUCUGGCAUACACAGCAGCUUAGGGAAGACAUCACCAGAUAUGUUCAAAGCUGUGAGGUUGGUGAGAGUGUGAACCCUAUCAGUGAUGGGAUCUUCCAGGCUUACAAUGCAGCAGAGUAUCUCAGGAUGCACUUGCUUGCUCAAAGACAGAUAAAGAAGAAACAGUUGGCAGACUCAGCAGAUCAUACAAAUACAGAUUCCAACAUUGAAGAUGACCCAGUUAUACUGUGUAAGGGGAAAGCCUUGUACCUGUUGAAGUUUGCUGGCCUGAGCAAGGUUCAGUUAAAACAUGAGCUCAAGCAGAAAACCAGUAAGCAAUUGUUUAAGAAGGUAUCUAACAAGAAAUUGUAUACAGGGCUGGAAAAGCUGAUUAAGGCUGACUUUGACUCAGUUGGAUUUGAGAAGUACCCAGCCUUUAAGUUGGUGAUUGAGUUUGUACGAGAUCCUGCUUGGUCAUCAGAAAGGGUAAAUCGGCUGUUACAGGAGAGAUCUCAGCAUGCUCAGGCUGUGGCAGAGGUGUACAUGUUUGCCUCAGAGUUCAUCAGGCAGACCAGUGAAGAUAACAUAUUCCAAAUCCCAACUGUGCUGUUCCUGUCAGAGAUGUUGUCCUUCCAAGAUUCCUUUGCCAAACAUUAUGCGGAGGGUCUGGAUGGGUGUGGUCUGGAUUUAGAGUCCAGGGUGAGAAAAUCCUAUUAUGUGUUAAUCAGACGGCUAGUCGACUCCUUCCAGGGGACCCAGAGACGACAGCUCAAGAGGAAUAUGGCCAAUGCCUAUGACUUCAUACAGGCUUGUUUGCUGCACUUCCUGGACACUCAGUGGCAGCCAUAUGACUUCUCCUUCAUUUCUGAGGUCAAACUUCCAUCUUUGUUCUUCGACAUAGCUAAAGAGACAGUGAAGAUGCGUGAUCGUACAGUGGCUGAGCAGGAAGAGAACAAAGAACUGCGCGAGUAUGAGCAAUGUAAGACCUGGUUUCAGGAAUGUAGUGCCGACUCUGGCAAAGGCUUCUCUACUUGGUACCACAAACAUGAUGGGGUAUCCUCCGAGGAACGCAAGCCAAUACAGAUGUUUGUAGCCAAGUUCUCAGACCUGUUGGAUGUGGAGAUUAGCUGUGAUGGUUGUUCUGUGACCUUGCCUGGGCGGAGGUACAGGUGUCUACAGUGUGAGGACAUGGACCUGUGUGCUACAUGCUAUGCUGGAGGUGUUAAGCCGUAUGCAGAGAGUGAUAACUCAAAACACACAGAUGAUCAUGACAUGGUGUACCUCAUGUAUAAAUGUAACAAGUGCCAGUCAUUUAUUGUUGGAACUCGUAUUCACUGUAACGUGUGUGAAGAUUUUGACCUUUGUCUGGGUUGUCACAUCACAGAGUCCUUCCCUUCAGGACAUUCUUCUGAACAUGACAUUACCAAGUUCCCUAUGGUGAAGUUGAAGAACACAAAGCGUGAAUGUGACAGCCUGCUGCAGGCGUAUAUCCAUCAACAUGUCUGGCUGCUGUACUCCACACUGGCUCUCUGUCUGGUUAACUACAUCUAUGGCACUGAGACCCACUCACAGCAGGGGGACAGGGACUACCAGCAGGCCGCUGUCCAACUUCAUAACCAGUGUAUUGACAUAGCCAUGCACUGUCUGCUCACUGUACCCAAGGAGGCAGAAGGUGAGGUGAAAAGUGAAUGUGAGAAACAGCUAGAGGUACGACAAGAGGAGGCCUUUGCAAUCCACUCCCAGGAGAGAAUCAUGGGACUGCUAGGGGCCAUGGUGCCCCUGGUGGAUCAGAAGAUUGAAACUGAUUCCAUCUACAACUUCAACAACGAGUCUUUCCUGCAACUUCUCUUCAAGAUUGUGAGGAGAGACAGUGGUCAUGAGGUGAACACUGUACAUUUAGCCAUGGGCUUGUUAGGCAUGCUGCUAACCAGAAGCACAAGAAAGACUGCUGAUGCGGCCGUGAAGCAUGAAAUGACGAACACUGUGAAAGAUGCACAAGAGGGGCAAAACACCAUAGAAUACCUUUUUGAUUUUGGGGCAAAGUGUUUAGAAUGGAGUUGUUUAGACUGGGCCUGGCCGUUGUCCCGAAUCCUCAGGAAGCUUUACCUCACUCCAGAGUGGAAGCCUGUAGUGAUGAAGCACAUCUCUGAGUGUAUGGAUAACCUCAGACAGAAACCAGAUCUCUCCUCCAUAUUUGCACUUUUCAUAAUCGCUGGAUUUCCAGAGAUACUGACCAUUGGAACAUCAGUGACAUAUGACCUAGUGGGAACAGAUGUUAAAAAUGGAAUUGUUCUGAAACAUUUCUCAGCUACACACCAGACUCUGCUCAUUGAUGUGAAAACGAGGAAGAGGCAGACUGUGAAGGACAAAUAUGUGGAGUGUGCCUCCUCUCAGCUGGACAUCCUGCACUCUGAUCACCUGGAAAUAUUCAUGCAGAUCACCAAAGAUAUCAUUACAAGACUGAAGAAAGGUGAGGUGUUGAGUGUUGAGCAGAGUUGGGUGCUCUCCCUUGCCCUAAAGGCCCUUAGUAAAACCCUCCUGUUGAUGACAGAAAGGACUUGUACAGAGCUCUACCAGACGGAUUUUCUUCAGUGUGUCGUCUACAUGGCCAGCCAAGGCACCGGCUUCAGUAGACAAUGGCUACUCAAAGAUCUUGAGGUUCUGUCUUUAAUGAUGUACACUCACGAAAGAAAGAAUGCCAAACUUUUAAAAGAUGCUGUAAAAUCAGCAAAGUUGAAAUCCAAAAAACCUGUAACUGCUGAGGGUACAGUGAUCAGGCCAGGGUCUGCGACAGGCUCAUCAGUUGAUCCAGAAAAGGAGGCUGCUUCGGAAAAAAAGGGGAUCAAAAUACAGGAUCAGCCUGGCAUACCAAUCAAAGAGAGUCAGGAGGAGGAGCUUGUUACCAGCGACGACGAGGACUCAGACUAUUCUCUUGACUCUGACUCAUCCUGUGAUAAAGAGAUCAAGGAGAAAUGCAUGGAGGGCAUUGAUGAAAAAACCAAGAUGUACUUUCAGACCCUCCAUGAUCAACUUAAAGUCCCACUGGAUGUUCUCCGAUUCCUGUAUGAUGUCAAUGAAGGGAAUACAGCUGCUAUUGUCUUAGCCAUUCAGGAAAAUUUGGAAGGAGAGCAUUACAAGACACCUGAUGAAAUAAAAAAGCUUACAAAGAAAUGGCAUAAGAACACGUCCACACCUGAAACCUCCAACCCUGGGGACAAGGCCAUAGAUCAGGGCAUCCAGUUGUUCUGUCUGAAGAAGAAAUCAGAGCGGCAAACCCUAGACAAGGCUAAAGAAGAGCCAUCAGAGGAGACCCAGAAGCUGAUAGCCACGCCAGACAAGGAGGUGCAGGAAGAAAUCCUCAAACAGAGGAAGACCAAGAGCGGUGAGCUGUGGAAGUCUGAGCUGGAGAGGCAGGAGAAGAUCUCUUCCCGCGAGUACCUGGGCAAGGUGAACACGGCCAUGGCUGUACUGUACAGUCGACAGGUUCUCUCCUUACUGCUGGCAGACUGGCCCAGAGGCAUGAACAUCAACUACACGGUGCUGGGCUGUAAGGACCAUCAGCAUAUCCCCUGUAUUCUCGACCUGCUCAACCGCUCAGACAGCAGGGAGCAGUUUCACCAGGUUGUGGAGAAGGUGAUAGAGAACUGUGACCAGGAGAGCAUGGUGGCUGUAGCUCAGACAGCCUGCCAGCUGAUGGAGGAAGUCAGCUAUUCUGUGGAGACCAAGGAGUCAGAACACAACUAUAAGAACAACUGUAACAUUGAGGAGACCCUCCAUUUCCCGGGGGCCACCGUCCUCUCCGUCUCAUUUGACCCCAGAUGUGCCACAGAGGAAGGCUGCGAUGAAUUGGUAUUCUCCACCUCAGCCAGUUACACCCAGGACAAGAAGGUGUUCAGUGGGACAUCACAUACCAACUGGUACAACUUUGAUGUGCCAGGUGACACCUUGUACUUCCGCUUCACCUCAGACGGCAGUGGUACAGACUGGGGAUACAAGUUCACAGUGUGGGCCAGUCAGAGGGAUGGCUUUGACACAGGCUACCUCAUCCUCAACAGAAUUCUCCUCUCACACUCAGCCUUCAAUACACUGAACCGUGUGUUACCAGCUGGGGAGUUGUGGGCCAGUCUUAUUUAUGUGGCCUGUAAACAGACUUCCUGUCAGAGAUUGAAGGUUAUACAACUGCUUCUGAGGAUCAUUCACAGUGAGCACAGGAAUGGCAGUUCAUCAUGUUUAAGUAUUGACUUGAGUUUACUAAAGCCUCUGUGGAAGCUCUACUGUGGAUUGAGUAAACAGGGUACUGAUACUGUGUCAGUUGUCUCCCCUGUCACAAGAGCUCUGACUGAAUUAUUCUUGAUGGUAGAGAACCUAGCCAUCGAGCGUGGUGUGGUCAACAGUUACCUGUUGUCUGUGCAGGACCUGGAUGAGCUCAGGAAGAGGGUUGUCCAGGGACUUCGAAAUGUUGCUGCAGUCAGUGUACAGAUAGGGGAGAUCAAUCUUGCAACCAAAUUGUGUUCCAAGCCACAGACCACAAAAAAAACCAACUGAAUGGACUGAGUUACAACUUAACUGCUGUGAUAACACUCUUUAAAAGAUUCAUGAAACCCAAUAUUAUUUGUGCCAAUUUAGUUUAUACCAUGUUCACAUGUAUGAGUAUCAAUAAGCUUUCUGUCUUAUUCUUGGGGGUUAAAAUGUCUUUUAAGGUAUAAAGGCUUGACUGACCAGUCAAACAUAGACACUUAAUAAAUUAUGUCAGUGAAAGAUUGGAUGAUGUUUAAAAACUAUUAUGGCUAGGACACAGUUAUGUUUCAUGAAUCCUCUAACAUAUUUAUUGAUUGAUGUAAGGUAAUGUGAUAAAGAGUGCCAGAAGGAUUGUGUUUUGAUAUGAAUAUAUGCAGUUACUCAACCAUUGGUUGGAAGAUUCCAAUAAUACUUGUACACAUCUAUAACUGUAAACUCAAAACAGAAAGUGGUUUCCCUGACGAGGUGUUAGAAUUUCCUGCUCAUGAUCAGAUGCUUGCAUCCAGCUCAGUGAUUAUUGUACAUGUACUUUGUCAGUGUAAAUCCAGGCUAUCUUCUGGUCAUUGUUUCUCUUUCCUUUUAUACAAAACCAGUCGAGUUGGAAUUUUCAGAUACCAAGGUCACUACUUAUGCUCAAGGAAUAUCUAAGGUAUGUUGUAGCCACCCAUUUUUAUAUAGGCUUUUAGAGGCAUAUUCGUAAGUGACAUCACUGUUGACAACAUACAGUGGUAUCAGCACCCAUGCUAAAUAUGUGUCCACUCUUCAGGAUUCUUAACAAUGUCAAAUGGUUUCAUUUUACAAAAGCUUUUGUUUACUAUUCAUUGUAAAGGUGGUUGCCAGCAAGAUUAGGUACAAUUUAUGAAGACAGAGAAGGUUUUUGAUGCAUAAUUUUUUUGAUUGAUAAAAAAUGAAAGCUUGAAGAAUAAUGUGCUCGAUUUUAAUAUUAGGGGUAUACAUGUGUGUGUGUCGUGCUGAAUUUCAGUGUAUUAAGUGCACAUGUAUGUAGUGUUGUUUUUGUGUAGGAUGUAUCUCCUGGGUAAUUUUUGUCAGUGAAAUAUGUGCACAAAACACUUCAACUGUUUACCAGUGUGAUACCUACAUCUUCUAUGAAUUGUAUAUGUAGCAUUGCGCAAUAGAUUCAACAUUUUUUAAGAAACUUUUUUUAUACACAGUGUGUAUCAGUAUGGUUUGGUUUUAAGAAUUGGAGGAAAUUAAUGUUAUUGAUACAAAUGUAUCAAGCCUCUUAACAGUAAAUAAUGUCUAGUGUGAAGUUAAAACAUACCUAAGGAAUCAAUGUAGUGUUCUUUUUCUAUAAGAUAGAAUUGUGGAAUGCAGAAUAAUUAUUCAGUUUAGGCCAUCCUUAUAACAUUAUGGCAAUUUUAAUCAAACAACAAUAAAUUUCCACU